AUGAGCAACCCAAAUAUUGUUUCGACCAGCGAUGGAUCAAAGCAACUCGUCACCUUCAGUAAGAUUCAGCAAAAAGUUGUGCGUCAAAAUAUCCGUUCAGAAGAUGAGUAUCUGAGUCAUAUCGGCAGCAUCAUCCAACGUGACUUUUUUCCUGAUUUGGCUGAACUCAAAGGCGAGGCCCCAGCUGAUGAAGUUGUCGAUGGUUCUGAAACUCCCCCUGGUCCUCCCACUCAGAAUCCUCAACGCGACGCCACAUCAGUAAGGCUGGACACGUACCUUGCCAACAAUACUACUGAAGACAACGCCUCAUUCAUAGAAAUUAUCGAAGAAUCUGAGCGAAAACGGGAGGCCAAGUUGGCUAAAUUUUUUCCUUCUAGAUCACCUGCUUCCUCUUUGUCGAUUACCGCAGGGACAUCAGACGCUCCAUUAUCUAUCGAAGGUUUGUCCCACUCCGAAAUUCAAAUCACUUCUCAGUCCAAGAAUGAGCAAUCAGCAAAACAUGAGCCUCCUCCCAGUGUGGAAAGCAUAACCAGUCACAACACCGUCCACUUUAUCCCCGACGGCGCGCCGUUAACCACGCAGGAACUUACUGAGCACUUUGAUCGUGAGCGACGCAUCUGCCCUGCCAAUAGCCGCUUCAAGCGUCCCAUGGCGCCGGUAAUGGACAAACGCAAAUUGGUCGGAAUGGGGGGCCAACUCAAGGCCGGCCGCUUUGGUAUCGACGGGAAAGAAGUUGUAGGCACUGAGAGUCUACUAUCAACACCACAAGCUGGUGGCUACAAAUUCAUGGAUACCUCAGCUUCACCUGUCCUCUCAGCUUUUGGCGGUGCAGGCAGCACACCCCUCAUAACCUGGGGUGAGGUAGACUCCACGCCCUAUCGUUUGGAUGAGGAGACGGGGCACACACCUCUCGUCUCUUCUUUUCGUCUUCCUUCGCCUUCGAAACGCGAGGCUCUCGCGCACCAAUUGGCUGACAAAGCGGGACGGCAGCGAGCGAAAGGUCGUGCAGAAGCCAUGAAAUUGGCCAAGAGUGGUCUCCUCCUCAGUCCUUACGCGGCCAAAAUGAUGCUUUCGCCGGCAGCGAAGCGUCUACUAUCCACUACUGCAGGCAGUAGCAGUGGCGGUAAAUUGGCUUUUGGUGGAUGUCCGAAUUCGAGUGUUCGAGUAACCCCACUAGGCUCAACACCGCGUCGAUUGCCCUCGGAUAUUGGAGUAAUUCGGCGACCACCGACGUCGUCUGUAAGCAAGCCGUCUACUCCGAGACGGGAUCGUGAUGGAGGAGAAAGGGGGUUGGAGAAUGGAGUGGAUUUGACAAAGGAUUUGCUUAACCUCUCUGGACCGAAAAGUGCCACCUCACCAACUAGUGAGAGCUCUUUCGAACAGAGCGCAUUCACACCCAAAGCUCGGUUUUUCGCCACCUGUCUCAUAUAA